GUAUUCAUGUAGCGAGGGUAGCGAGGGUAGCAGACAAAUGAGCAAGAGCAAGAGCAAGUACGAUAUACCGUACUUGGAUUGGAGAGUGACGAGGGGAUCGAUCCGGCCACGACGCAAAGCAAGUGGAUUGACGAUAGUUAUAGAUUUGGUCCUUGUAUUGAUUUGAUUCUGUGUAUGUCGCAUGUGUCGAUCGUGCUUAUUUUUUAUACGUCGUCAGAGUCUAUGUCGCUCUUCGUGCUUCAGAGCAGAAGCAUUAUACUUCCGCCGUCCCAGUAUCUGUUAUCUCCCCCCUCUCUCCCUGCUCUACUGCUUUCGCUUUAUGCGAGAAUCCCGAUUCCUGGCUCCGUAACUCAGCACAAAUCAAUCACGGCGAAAUACUCCCACAGAGGACAAUUUUUGUUUUCCAGCUUUAUCUUGUCGUCCCUCUUUGACUCAUUCACAUGUGUGCGCCCAGACCCUUCUCACAAUCUCUCUUCUGGCUUCCUCUUCGUGUGUCCGCUCGAUGAUGGGCUGGCUGAUGCAUAUACCGGUAACCUCACAGCAAAAUCCAGUACGGGGGCCCUGCUCAAAUUGCGAAAGGAUACCGUUCGUUCGUUCAUUCGACCUUGACCUUGCGUAUCCUGUCGGUUCCCUUUUGGUCUUGGUCUUAAAUCCCUCGACAAAUGACGAGGAGCAGGAAUAGAAUAACAAUAUGCAAUCGGUAUGUAGGGUACUAUAUCGCUUCGCUCUAUCGUCAGGUCGAUUUUAGAUUCAGCCAAAUAUGUAAGGAGUGCAGGUGGGCUAGAAAGAUAUUUCCAAACGAAACAACAUAUACACGAGGAGAUUAUAUUACGGAGAUGGACAAUUGAAUGGGCAGUUGAAUUUUCCGUGGUUCCUUUCUUUUCCCAAUUCUACCUGAGUAGAAAUCGUGGUGUUUAUGAGGUGUCAUCAGUGAGCUAGACUUUGGGCUUGGUCUCGUCGAUGUAGCCUGAUGUAUGUAUGUAUCUAUGUAUGGCUAUGUAUGAUAUUGUAUGGCAAUUUUCGAUUUGACA